CCGUCGUGCGGCCGGAUGACGUGGCCGGGCGGAGCGGAAGCAGCGUCGCAGGUCGGCGUUGGUGGCGGGGCGCGGGCCGGCUCCGCGGCGGGGCCUGCUGCGUGCGAGCGAGCGGCGUGCGCGGGGACGCGGAGGCCCGAGAUGGCGGCGCCCGGGCUGUGGCUGCUCCGCGCGGCCGCCGCGCUGCUGCUGCUCUGCCGGCCGCCGAGAGCACGAGCCGACGAGCACGAGCACACGUACCAAGAUAAAGAGGAAGUUGUUUUAUGGAUGAAUACAGUAGGACCCUAUCACAAUCGCCAAGAAACAUACAAAUACUUCUCUCUUCCUUUCUGCGUGGGAUCAAAAAAAAGCAUCAGCCAUUACCACGAAACCCUGGGAGAAGCACUUCAAGGAGUUGAAUUGGAAUUUAGUGGUCUUGACAUCAAAUUCAAGGACGAUGUAAUGCAGACUACCUAUUGUGAAAUUGACUUGGACAAAGGAAGAAGAGAAGCCUUUGUGUAUGCUAUCAAAAAUCACUAUUGGUACCAGAUGUAUAUUGAUGACUUGCCAAUAUGGGGCAUUGUCGGAGAAGCAGAUGAAAAUGGGGAAGAUUAUUACCUUUGGACUUAUAAAAAACUUGAAAUUGGUUACAAUGCAAACAGAAUUGUGGAUGUCAAUCUGACCAGUGAAGGAAAGGUGAAACUGGUACCAAAUACAAAAAUCCAGAUGUCGUAUUCCGUGAAGUGGAAGAAGUCAGAUGUGAAAUUUGAAGACCGAUUUGACAAGUACCUUGACCCAUCUUUCUUUCAGCACAGAAUUCACUGGUUUUCAAUUUUCAAUUCUUUCAUGAUGGUGAUCUUUCUGGUUGGCCUCGUGUCUAUGAUAUUAAUGAGAACUUUGCGAAAAGAUUAUGCAAGAUACAGCAAGGAGGAAGAAAUGGACGAUAUGGACAGAGAUCUAGGUGAUGAGUAUGGAUGGAAGCAGGUCCAUGGAGAUGUUUUUAGACCAUCCAGUCAUCCUCUCAUAUUCUCAUCACUUAUUGGCUCUGGGUGUCAGAUUUUUGCUGUGUCUCUUAUAGUCAUUGUUGUUGCAAUGAUAGAAGAUCUAUACACAGAGAGAGGAUCAAUGCUUAGUACAGCUAUAUUUGUUUAUGCUGCAACAUCCCCAGUGAAUGGAUAUUUUGGAGGAAGCCUUUAUGCUAGACAAGGAGGAAGGCGGUGGAUAAAACAGAUGUUCAUUGGAGCUUUCCUUAUUCCGGCAAUGGUGUGUGGAACUGCCUUCUUCAUUAACUUCAUUGCCAUCUAUUACCAUGCUUCAAGAGCUAUCCCAUUUGGAACCAUGGUGGCAGUGUGCUGUAUUUGUUUCUUUGUCAUUCUUCCCCUGAACCUUGUUGGUACGAUUCUUGGCCGGAAUCUGUCAGGACAGCCCAAUUUUCCAUGUCGUGUCAAUGCAGUGCCUCGUCCUAUACCAGAAAAAAAAUGGUUCAUGGAACCAGCUGUUAUUGUUUGCCUAGGUGGAAUCCUCCCUUUUGGAUCAAUUUUUAUUGAAAUGUAUUUCAUUUUUACUUCAUUCUGGGCUUACAAGAUCUACUAUGUUUAUGGCUUUAUGAUGUUGGUUCUGGUUAUCCUCUGCAUUGUGACAGUUUGUGUGACUAUUGUUUGUACAUAUUUCCUGCUAAACGCAGAGGAUUACAGGUGGCAAUGGACAAGCUUUCUUUCUGCCGCAUCAACUGCGAUAUAUGUUUACAUGUACUCCUUUUACUACUACUUUUUCAAGACAAAGAUGUAUGGCUUGUUUCAAACAUCAUUUUACUUUGGUUAUAUGGCAGUAUUUAGCACAGCUUUGGGAAUAAUGUGUGGAGCUAUUGGUUACAUGGGAACAAGUGCCUUUGUCCGAAAAAUCUACACUAAUGUGAAAAUUGAUUAAGGAAAUAAGAAAAUUGAACUAUGGAUCAGUUCCUGUUUUCAGGGGGAUGAACUUGCACAACAAAAAGCGCGAGAAGAGAUUUGGGUUUUAACACUGGGCACUAUAUGGGUCUCCAUUUUGUGGAUGGCUUAAAGUAACAUCUAUUUCAUUGAUCCUAGGUUCUUAAUGACUGCUUUCUCCAACUGUUCACAGCAAAUGCUUGGAUUAUAUGCAGUAGGCAUUACUACAGUACGUGGCUAACCUUCCCAAAAAACAAACAAACAAAAAAAAGGCCCCAGCGCAUUUAAGAUGAAUAGACUAGCUCUCUUCAGUGAAGAGGACAAACGGUUUAUUUAAAGCAUUUGUUCCAUUCAAUAAAAAGGGGGAAGGCUUGGCUGCUAAAACUGCUUGAUGAGUAGUCUUCCUGGUACUUAACAUUUCUAACUUAUGUAAAAAUGCCGUUCCAGAAAGAUUACUUCUCUGAUUUUUACUGCCAUUGCCAGGAUAGGAGGUAUGUUUUAUAUUUUGAAUCCAGGUGCUUUUUGGUUUAUUUGCGUUACCAACUAUACCCUACAUUCGUUUAAAAGUAAUUUAAAAAUAUAUUAAAAAUAAAACCAAACCCACUUGCAUGUAAUAUAUCAGCUCUCAUUCUAGUUGGACCAACUUCCCUUUAUUUAUCUUUAAAGUAAUAUCCAGCUAUAUCUUAAAUCCAUCCAAAGAAAAUAGAGUUUGAAGACAGAUGCGUUCUCUGCAAUGCAGUUUACUGUACAGUUAGAAAGCAAAAUGUUAAAUGAAGAGGAUUGUUUGUUUUUUAAUGAACACUUUGAGGUCUAGAUUAAAACAAAACCAACAUUUUAACUGAAUGUCUAAAGUGAUUCUCCUUUGUUUUUUUUUUGGUUUUUUUUCCAAGUUAUUCUUGCUUUUUUGGGGGGGGCUUUGAAUGAAGAUUUUCCUUUAGACAUUAUACAAGGGGUAAUAAGUGUAUAUAACAUUAAAUAAUGUAACUUAGGUGUAGAUCCCAAAUGUAUUUGGAUGUACAGAUUUACUACGGAGUACUUUUCUGAUGAUUCGGUGUAAAAAACUGUGUGAAUUUGGGUGGCUUUUUACAUCUUGCCUUGCCAUUGCAUGAAAAGUUGGGUUUUCUUCACAAUGUGUGUAUGUCAUGCCUUUCUGUUCUUUCCUUUCUCAAGCUCUUACAGGAAUUAAAUUUGUAAUUUAGAACAUUUUAAUUUUUGUUAAUCCUAUCUGGACACUUGUGUAACAUCCAAAGCGCAGCUGCUUGACGGUGUUCAGAAAACUAAAAUAAACUUUUCAGACAAAAAUGUUCUGAUUGUGAAAAUAGAUGAGCUUACAGCUGAAGAUGUUUGAAAAGGCAACAGAUGCCUGUUUCUGUAUAUGACAUCAGUCUGUUUUUCGAGUAUCAAAACUCCACACGUUGAAUUCAGAAUUUCCUUAAAACUGUGUUGUACGAUGCAGCUCCACGGUGGCUGAUCAGCAUCAUAGAAUUCAUUUAGGCUGAGCUGUUUGUGGAGGAAUCUGUUCUGUGCUGGAGGAAAAAUGGGGUGAGCACGGGCUAAAAUGAAUGGGCGAAUAAAGGUUGAAUCUUUCUAAGAUGGCUGUUAAUUAUGCACUGUAUUUAGCUAGAAAGAUCCUGAGUGUGUUUGUGACAGAUUUAAGACAUGUUCAGUGUGAUGCUUAUUGGUUUUUGUUUUUCUGGGAGGGCCAGGAGGGCAUCUGCUACACCAGGAUGUUUUUAUUAUUGUGACUGUCUGAAGUAGAGCAUCUACCAUGGAGGAUGUGACUUCUUUAAUUUACAGGAUGAGCAAAGUAUUUGUAUUGAUCAAUACUUCAUUGUCUCUAUGUAAGAAGUACAGGUGAUGCAGUAGCCACAAUGAGAAACAUUCCUGUUUUUGCAGAGGUGGGCUGGGGGGGGACUGAACUUAAAGGUAGUACUAAGAAGCAAUGCGUCUGGUUGUGUGUGGCUUCUGUAACACAUCUGAGCUCUCAGCUCUGAUUCUGUGGGCCAAUUUUAACCAAUCUGUCAGAAAAUCAUUAGGUUUUGCUUUAAGUGAAUGGGUGGUGUCUGCAGUUGAGCACCAGCAUUUAACAGAGACGGUUUUUGUUGUUUCUUUAUUAAAGUAUUGGCUGAUUUUGAGCCGGACUCAUAAACUGGGUCAGCAAUUAGUUUUCCUUUGUUCCCAAACAUGGAGACUUAAAGCAGAGAAUGGGUUUUGUGCAAGCUCUUGCUCAUUUGAGAAGCCCUUUUUUUCAUCCAUGGUCUAAAUCUGAAGUGAGAAGCCAUCAUCUGUACGCAAUAAAUAUACACAAAGUACUCCUCUGAGAUGCAAGUUUAAAGGGAAUAUUUUUUAUAAUGGGUCUGUUUUUCUAUUUAGAGCACUGCUAUGUCAUUAGUCUAUCAGAAAUGUCACCAAACCGUUUGUGAAUUUCAUUUAAUCACUUUUUAAUGCCACAGAAUGGUGGGCUGCCUACUUGCUUUCUCUAUCCUUUGACAUUAUUAGCUUUUUGCAUAUCUAGGUAAGAUUGUAUAGCUUUUAAAGCGACAUUGAAAAGAUACGUACUGCUCAGGCGCUGCUUUUGUUUCUGCAAGCACGUUCCUUUGGAGAAGUGCUGUGUUUAAAUAAUUGACAUUCUUAUACUUUCACCUUAGUAUGUGAAUCAGUUGGGGAUUUGCUUUCUUUUUCCCCGUUACGUUGGUUUGUGAAGGAGUGCGAAGUGUGACUAGUUCUGAACAGCCUGUCUCUGUGGUUGCUGUUUGGGAGUAAGGCCUUUUAUUUGCCCUGCCCUCCCCCCUCCAAAAAUGAAAACAAAAAAGUGGCUCUGAUGUGAACCAUUCUGUUUAGUAGAAUUUGGAGGCUCUCUGCUUAGAUGAUGUAGUCCUUCCUCUUUUAUGGAAGAAAUAAAGAUCUUACAGCCAACA